AUGAGCAAUACAGACUUCCUGGGGCGGGCGAUAGAGUCGGUGAAGAAGGCGAUCGAGACGGAUACUGCUGGGGAGUACGAGAAGGCAUACCAGAUGUAUUACUCGUCCUUGGAGCUCUUUAUGCUCGCCUUAAAAUGGGAGAAGAACGCCAAGUCGAAGGAGAUGAUACGGGCGAAGGUGGCCGAAUACAUGGCACGAGCAGAGAAGUUGAAGACACACCUAGAAGACAACGACAAGGGGAAUCGCAAGAAGCCGAGUGCUGUGGGCGUGAAUGGGAAGGUCUCCGCUGGAAGUGGGAAGGGAAAGGGCGAUGACGAAGACGAAGAGCAGGAUCCCGAAUCCAAGAAGCUUAGAAAUGCACUUCAAGGUGCUGUCCUCUCAGAAAAGCCAAACAUCAAGUGGGAAGAUGUCGCAGGUCUAGACGCAGCAAAGGAGGCACUGAAGGAGGCUGUCAUAUUACCCAUCAAGUUUCCGCAUCUUUUCACCGGCAAGCGUCAACCAUGGAAAGGUAUACUGCUCUACGGACCACCUGGUACGGGUAAGAGUUAUCUGGCAAAAGCUGUGGCAACGGAGGCGAACAGCACGUUUUUCAGUGUCAGCAGUUCCGAUCUGGUCUCGAAGUGGAUGGGAGAGAGUGAACGGCUGGUAAAACAGCUGUUUGGUAUGGCACGAGAGAAUAAGCCUUCCAUCAUCUUCAUCGACGAAAUCGACGCUCUGUGUGGACCCCGAGGAGAAGGCGAGUCGGAAGCGUCGAGACGUAUCAAGACGGAACUACUAGUUCAAAUGGACGGCGUGGGCAAGGACUCAAAAGGUGUCUUGAUUCUUGGCGCAACGAACAUCCCGUGGCAACUUGACGCCGCUAUCCGUCGUCGUUUCCAGAGACGUGUACAUAUCAGUCUCCCAGACUCCCCAGCUCGGAGGAAGAUGUUCGAGCUUGCGGUGGGCAAUACCCCUUGCGAGUUAGCUCAGCACGACUACGCGAAGCUGGCCGAAUUGAGCGAAGGAUACUCUGGUAGCGACAUAAGUAUCGCAGUUCAGGAUGCGCUUAUGCAACCCGUCCGUCUCAUCCAGACAGCGACGCACUACAAGAAGGUCUCGGUGGAAGGCGUGGAAAAGUGGACGCCAUGUUCUCCAGGCGACAGGGGAGCGGUGGAGAAGUCCUGGACAGAGAUAGAGUCGGAUGAAUUACUGGAGCCAGCGCUGAAAGUGAAGGAUUUCAUCAAAGCUAUCAAAGCUUCAAGGCCGACUGUGAGCAAGGAGGAUCUAGACAGGAAUGCUGACUGGACUAAGGAGUUCGGUAGCGAAGGUGCUUAG